CAACCUUGGUACGAUGUAUAUCACUAAUGUGCGUGUGGUGUGGCACUCUAACCUAACCUCAAUGAGAGCUUCAACAUUUCAGUACCCUACCUGCAAAUGUGCACUACCAGACAACAAUGGCAGCUCAAUCAUUGGACCCUCUCCCUCCUCACAUCCACCAUCCCAGCCCAGCUUACCACAGGGACUUUUUUCUGCUGCGAAUGCCCAUCAAGUUCAACAACCAACCAAGUGUUAUCAAAAUGGUCGGUACCAUUCCUGUGCUACACUGUCCUGAGGUGGAGCUCACAGUACAACUGGUCGUACUAGCUCAGCAUGUCUCCACUGUGCUAACUGAACACCGUAUCACACUAAAAGGAGCCUAUUACAAUGACAACUAUCCACUCUAUGCCAUUGAUCUACCUCCUCCAAUAUCCUGCAAAGGAAGGCGAUCUCUUUUUCAUGCUUUCUCAAAUGUUUGCUAUAGCAUUGCUGAGAGAUAUUUUUCAAGAGUUUCUUGCAAAACCGCAGUGACAGUUCACUUGCAGCUUUUUCUUUGCUCCCCUGCAAAAGACAGCUCUACAACUUCCAAAGUCACUUCAAUUCAGCUUGGAAAAGAAUCAGACGAAUCAGACGAGAUUUUUUUGACCUUUUUAGACAGCAAGAUUUUUAAAUUCUCCGAACUCUUUGUUGACAAUUUCAACUCAUCCCCUGCUAUCAUUGGAUCAUCUUCUAAAGCUGCUGCUGUGUCAUUUGCGUCACUGCUUCGAGCACUGAGUGGAAAGGCCAGUCACAAGUGGUUCAAUUUCGGAGCCUUGCUAGGUAUAUCGGCUGAGAAAUUGCAGACAAUCGAGAAGCAAUACCAGAAUCCAGAGUCUUGCCUGUUACAUACGCUCAAGCAUGUGGUGGACAGUAACACCGAGUUUACGUGGGAGGAGGUGGUCUCAACGCUUUCUACUGUUGGGCUGAGCAAUCUGGCAGAGGAACUCAGUAAGGAACAUGAUGUUUGCUUCCUGAGGGCUGAAAAUGAAGAUACAGCGUCUUUGAAUAAACCCACUCUCCAAUCUUUGAGCCAAUCUCUAGCUGAGGUCAGUGCCAAGUGGUUCAACUUUGGUGCACUUCUAGGAGUUCCCCCCAGUACACUACAAGCCAUUGACAACCAGUACCACUCUGACUGUGAUGACUGCCUCACUAGAAUGCUUAUGUGGCUGAUUGAGAACUCACGCAUCACAUGGUCCUCAGUAGCACAAGCUCUGGGCCAGAUUGGAUAUGGAGACCUAUAGCGAAACAAAUCAGACAAUCACAUGGUAUUUCACCAGUGCCAUCAGAGGGUGUACCACAGCAAGCUGCUGAUCAUGAUACAGAGCAGUGGAAAAUCAAAGUGCGAAGGUCUGUUACUGAAGUACGACAAGACAUUGAUACUCUUAUCCACAAAGAUUAUGCAAAUAUGAUAGACGAGCUGGAGAGGCUGAAAGAAGAAAAAAUUGGGAUCGAAAAACGUCUUGAGCAGGAAGAAAUACAGUGUAACAGCCUUCAUGAAUCGAAAAGACUCCUAGCCAUUAAAUUGAAGCAAAAAGACCAACAACACAGUCAGAAAAUCAAGACCAUCGAGAAAGAGAUUAUUGAGAAACGGUCGACAGUAGCUGAUCUGAAGAGUGAACUUGAUUGCACCAAUAUGAAGUACAACGAAAAAUCCCAGCAAAUGGCCAGUCUUGCUGCAACCCUGUCAUUGAAAACGAGUGAACUCGUAGAGAAGUCAUUUGUAUUGUCUAAAAUUGAAGAGUCCUUUUUUGAGUGUGAUGAUGCUCUUAGAAUUGCUGAUGGGCGAAUACUAGACUAUCAACAACGGCUGGUGGAAGCAAAACAAGUUUCUCAAGCUGCUUAUCUGGCUGAAAUAAAGUCACAACUUGAAACUGAAACUGAAUGCGUCAAGAGCCUUGAAGAAGAGUACCACAUUGUUGAUAAACAGUGCUCUGAUCUUGUCGCCAGUGUUGCUAGUAUUGAAGGAGACAUUGCUACCAAAGAACAAGCUUGCAAGGCUCUGGAGAGUGAUACAGAGGUGUUUGUUGAGCACCAGAUUAAGCUCACUAAGCUGAAAAUGGACGUAAUCAAUCGCAAACUGGAGCUUGCUAAAGUAAAGAUUAAACGUCAAGAUUCCACGCAAGAACUAGCUUAUCAUCAAAAAGAUUUUCAAAGAGCAAAAAACCUUUUGCCUGAAGUGAGCAAAUGCAGUGUGGAUGGUAUCGACGUACCCGUACACAAAGCAAGAGCAUACAUUGCUAUGGAGAUCAAGGUCCAUCUUCAUGACAGAGACGGGGAGCCAUGCAGCGGACAGCAUUUAGUUUCUCUAUGCUGUGAAACAGAUGAGCAGAUCUUUACUGAGGCCAAUAGCAGUACCCCUGGCACUUACUCUCUCUCCUACACCCCCUCAUGUCUGGGGGAGCAGUCGUUAGUGGUAGCCGUGAACAGUACACCCAUCAACGAAAAUCCCUUCAACUUGUUAUUCCAGAACAGCCCUCAUCCCCCAAACUGCACCAUUACAGUUUUUGACAAAAAAAUUGUCCAACACAAGAAAUUUGAUGCCCUCGUUCAACUGAAAGACCAGAAUGGUGACGGUGACCCAGUCAAUUCACAACAGAACGUGUCUGCGUAUUUGAAAUUUUCUGACAUAACAUUGGACACUAAAGCAAAUAUUUCCUUCUGUGAUUCUCCUAACAAGUACAAACUUGCAUUGACUCCGCCUUCCAGCGGUGAGGGAGUACUCUCCGGCUUUGUUGACGAUCAGCCCAUUGCUAGUCCCUGUGUCAUCACCAUUUCUAAAAGAGAAAAUAUGCUUCAAGUUUUUAAAGACAGAGCGUUUAAAAUGCUGCUCAUCGGCAAUAUUGGAUCUGGUAAGACUUCGUUCCUUAACCUUCUCUACAACUGUGCCACUGUGCAGGCUCUUGGCUGUGGGUUCGGAGCAAAAGGUCUUGAGCAAUUCAAACAAUUCAAUGACAUAAGGCUUGAAAAUGCACAAGCACUCUCUAUGGAGAGCAAGACCGAAGAUGCCACUCUCUACAAUGUGGAAGUAGGUGACGUGAAGGUUGGGGUGAUCGAUACUCCUGGAUUCGGUGACUCUUGUGCCUCUACACAGCGAAUCAUCAGCGCCCUCAAAAGAGAAGAGUACAUAAACUGUGUCUGCCUGAUCAUCGAUGGUCGUCAACCUCGAACAAGUGUUUCCGGGAUCAUGAAUGAAUUUUCCGAGAUUAUUGCCAUCCUGCCGAAAGAUAUCGUUAAUAACGUGAUUGUUGUGUUCAGUAAUGCAGCCGACCGUAUGGACCUCAUUUUUGACCCAAGCUUGCUAAAAGAUUACUUUGGAAAAGAAGUUAAAAAGAUCUGCUUUGUUGAAAAUCCGUACUGCCGGUUUGAGAAAGCAAAGGUGAAAGUGGGUGAACUAGGUAUUAAUAGAAUGGCUAAGAUCUUGCGGGAAGCUUUUGAAGACACUUCCGAAGUCUUUACCGAGAUGUGUGAGACCAUUAAAGAUUUCCCUCAAGUUCACACGCAUCAUUUCAUCGAGCUCUACGAAAUAAUUGAAAAGAGCGUUGCAGACUCGCUGUCAGUCUAUGACAAUCAGAUGAGGCUAAAGAAGUCUCUUAACGAUACCAAGGCCGAAGUUAACGCAGCGGUGAAAUCAAAGACUAUCAACAAAGACUUCAGAAGAGACAAGCUAUCAAUGCGAUGGGUUGUAAAGAAAACAGAUAACCGCAACUUGCGCUGUGGGUACGAAAAUUGCUAUAGCAAUUGCAAAGUAUCGUGUCACCUUCCAAAGUCAUCUGAUAAAGAAAUGCUCAAGCAAUGUGCGUGCAUUAAUGGAGGAAAUGGGUUGUGCCGAGUGUGUGGCCACAGCUACAUGCAACACUGUCACGAAGCGUCUAUUUUCAAAAGAGAAGAAUGUGUAACAGAUGAUAUUGAUUACGAAAUGAAAGUCAACUUUGAAAAAGCAGAAAGCAAUGAGGAGCGAGCUAAAAUGCUGUAUAGCAAUCUUGAAAAUGAAUUGCAGAAAUCUAAAGCAACAGGGAAGCAAUUGUCAGUUAAGCUUUUUAAGGAUAUUGCAGAAUUUGAGACAUUGAGUGGAACUCACAACUAUGCCAAGCUGAUUGAAAACCAACUAGCCAAGAUCGAGAGCCAUCUUAAAGGCAUUGUUGGCCCUGAAUCAGAUGAUCUUUUCAAGACGUACGUUGAGCUGGAGAAAAGGCUUGAAGUGAUUCAAGCUGCCGAUCUGGCAUAGACUAAUUAUGACUUUCAAGUGGUAGGAAACUUUUAACGGUUUUUUUAUUAUAAUGAGAUAUCUGUAACAGUCAUAUACACUUUAUUAGUUAUUACAGACAGUAACAAUAAUUAUUAUACGCUGCC